AUGUUCCAGGGCGCCGACGGCCAGCCGGGCGAGUCGGGCUCCAGAGCCAUGAAGCCCCCAGGAGGAGAAUCGAGCGAUCUUUUUGGAAGUCCAGAAGAAGGUGUUCCUUCAAACAAACCUAAUAGGAUGGCAUCUAAUAUUUUUGGACCAACUGAAGAACCUAAAAACAUACCGAAGCGGACAAAUCCUCCAGGGGGCAAAGGAAGUGGUAUCUUUGAUGCAUCGACUCCUGUGCAGACUCGACAGCGACUGAACCCACCUGGCGGGAAGACUAGUGACAUAUUUGGGUCCCCAGGCACUGCCACUGCACCCCUGGCACACCCAAACAAGCCCAAGGAUCAUGUUUUGCUAUGUGAAGGUAAAGACUCUAAAUCAGACCUGAAAGAUACAACAAACUCACCCCGAGGAGAGCAGAGCGAGAAGGGAAGCUCAAAAGAAGCAGACCAUGCCAAGAUACCCGAGCCCACACCUACAGUUGACAGUCAUGAGCCCAGACUGGGACCGCGGCCUCGGUCCCACAACAAGGUCCUGAACCCACCAGGAGGCAAAUCCAGCAUCUCCUUCUAUUGAGAGGCUCCUCCUCUGCCUGUACUCAGACCGGAAACUCAGAGAUAGGGUAUUGAAAUGUUAGUGCUUCCUUUAACCCAAAUGAGUCGGGGUGGGAAAGGGGUUGUCAUGCGUGUGGGGUUGCCUGCUCAUAGGCCUGAUGCCUUUGGAGGAGCUGCAGAAGGACUGUGCCUUCCAGACUGCCAAGAUACACAUCUGUGAGGAUAAAGUGGGGCGCUCUUAGGCCUCCUCUAUAGUUGUUCUGUGUGGAACAGUAAGGUUCUGGGAAGGGUGAAAGAGAUGGCACCCGUUAGCAGAAGGCUCAUUAGGGUCUGUCUCGUCCUUGUAUCAACAGUCUGCUGGCUGUUGGGCAUCUAAGAAUGGUGGUUUGGCUGGGAAAGAAAGGAAAAAAAAACCAAACUACCUACCCCUCACUGGGAUGGAAGAGAAACACAUAGACAAAAACUCUUAAAGACAGAGUGAGGUCUACAUAGCCUUUCCUUUCAGGGAAUGCUUAUCACCAAAAUGUUUCCACCUCUGAGGUUACCUCUGAGCUCUAGUGUCUCCUUUUCCUUUUGUUCCCUUCAGUACGUCACCCUGUAGUGUUGGAAUGUGACUGCUCUUUUUGGUAGCAGUCAACAGAAAAUCAAACAGUUAUUCUCAGCCUUGUCCUGAGUGGAAGGUUUGGAUGCCCUGAUCCUCUGAAUUGUAGUCUCCUUACUGCACCUAAAACCAUGGCCAGGUCUAGGUAGCAGCCUCUCUUCCUUUAUGGUUGGUUUGGUUCCUGCCAUGCCAGGUUUGCAUAUGGGUUGUUCCUUUUGUUUCUCUCAUCAGCCUUGAGUCUAGCCUUAGUUCCUCACCGUGAGGGCUCUUGCUAUCUGUGGUUCUUCCCGUACGUAAGGCCUCAACCUCUGCAGGGUUUUAAAGACUACUCAAAUAUGUCCAGGUAUUGGGUGAAUUUUUGAUUUUCCCAUCUGUUCCUGUAGUUGGGAGGAAGACCUGCUGAAGAAUACUGGGUUGGGCGGGUUUCUUUAGCCAUCUGCAGAGGUGUUGUUA